ACCAUGAAAACUAAUGUAGUUCAGUUAUAGUGAAACCCUUAGCCUUGGUAGAGAGGAGAGGGAGAUGUGGAAGAGAACAGGGCCAUUGAAGGGCUGGUUUGGUGAUGGGAUAGGCAAGGUGACAAGCUAUAUUAAAGGAAAGGAGCAGAAGGAUGCCAAGUACCCCAUAUUGAAGGGUCAUCCAAAGGCCCGAGAUCAUGCCGAGGAUAUUGUGGAGAACUAUGCAAGGUUUCCAGGGAGGGUAGAAGGAAAGAAGGAGAUGUCUAGGUCUGAGAAACCCAAGGAGGUGAAGGAGUUCAAGAUAUAUCGGUGGAACCCCGACAAGCCCCUCCACAAGCCCUUCCUGCAAUCCUACUAUGUGGACUUGAGCACUUGUGGCCCCAUGGUUUUGGAUCUACUUCAGAAGAUCAAAGCAGAGCAAGAUUCCAGCCUGAGCUAUAGGAGGUCAUGCAGGGAAGGCAUCUGUGGCUCCUGCUCCAUGAACAUAGAUGGGAUCAACACCGUUGCUUGUUUGAAGGCCAUCGACACCGAUCCUUCGAAGGCCACUAUGAUAACUCCUCUCCCUCAUAUGUUUGUCGUCAAGGACUUGGUGGUGGAUCUCACAACUUUCUACCAACAAUACAAGUUAAUUGAGCCAUGGCUCAAGACCAAGAAGAAGCCAGAGAAUGGGCGAGAAUUUCUCCAAUCUCCAGGUGAUAGGAAGAAGCUAGAUGGGCUGUAUGAGUGCAUUCUCUGUGCCUGCUGCAGUACUGCCUGCCCUGCCUAUUGGUGGAACUCAGAAGAGUUCUUAGGCCCAGCUGCUUUACUCCAUGCAUAUCGAUGGAUCUCCGAUAGCCGUGAUGAUUUCACUCAAGAGAGGCUGCAAGCAUUGACGGAAGAUGAGAAGAAGCUGUACAGGUGCAGGACUAUAAGGAGUUGCACAGCUACCUGCCCAAAGAGCCUAGACCCAGCAAGGGCAAUAGCUGCUAUGAGGACUAGUCAUCAACUACAUUAGUUUUUCCUAUGCGCAGAUGCUUCUCAUCUUCACUUUGUGAAUGGUUACUAAUAAGUUGUAUGCUUGUCGUGUUGGUGAUUAGUUCUAUAAGCGAUGUAUAUGAGGGUCACGACGCAUGUAAUCAUGCCUGUGCGCACAAACAAAAUGCUUGUAUUAUUGUCAUAACUGGAACUGAGUUAUGUUACAAGAUAUACUAGACUUGAUCCAAAGUUUUUAA